GACAUCUACACUGAACAUCAGGGCACUGAUUAUCAGUGCCCUGAUGAUCAGUGUAGCCCCAUCAGUGUCACCUGUCUGUGCCCAUCAAUGCCACAUAUCAGUGCACAUCAAUGCCACCUAACAGGGCACAUCAAUGCCUCAUAUUAGUGCCCAUCAGAGCUGCCUAUCAGUGCCACCUAUCAAUGCCAGUCAGUGUUGCCUAUCAGUGCCGCCUAACAGUGCCAGUCAGUACGCAUCAGUGCUGCCUUUCAGUGCCCACGAGUGAUGCCUGUCCAUGCCCAUCAGUGCCACCUAUCGGUGCCUAUCACUGGAGCCUCAUU